AUGGCUGCAGUGAGCAAUAAAAGGCCGUCUUCACAUUUGGGGAUCUCAGCCAAGCUUCCUGAAAUAAUUCAUCCUUUGAAGAGACUGGGGGACCCUGACACUAUCUCAAUAGCUGGGUUCUCUGCACAAGGUUGUAGAAGCCAGAGGGAUGUGAAGUCUGCAUCUUGGGAGCUUCCCCAGGGGAGCAGGAGAAGAGCUGAGUGUGGCCGAGAUUCCUUCACACAGGAAAGAUCGGGCUCCUCUUUGGAGCAGAUUUACAAAAAACAUAAGUUGAACAAACUGGAUACCUGGACAAAGCUGGACAAAUGGGCAAAUCUGGAUAAAAAGCAAUGGGCUGAAGGGAGAAGUGUGAGCCAGGAUGACAGCCAGGCCUCCCUGCAAGAAACAGUGCAGCACAUGAAUGAGUUAGAAUUCCUUUUGCAUGAAAGAAUUCAAUCCAAUGGCUUGAACCCCUUAAGGCAGCUGUUUUUAGCCAAUGAUCCAACUGGGAGAGGCACUGUGUCCAGAGAAGCACUAAAUAUUAUUCUUACAAAAUUUCUUGGAAGAUUUAUUAGCUCAACACAGUUUGGUCACCUUUUAAACAGACUGAAUAUAAAGGAGAAAAGUUUGAUCAGCUUUGAAACAUUUGCCAAAGAAUUUGUAAAGAAAGAACAUGGGGAUGAUCACACCUGGAUGGACCCUAUAAAAAGAAACAAUGAAACAAUAAAGAAAAAUACUGUGCAAGCUGAUCUCACCCUAAAGAAGUUGGUUAAAGACAGGUAUGACAUGGCUGGUGGUGAAUUUGUCAGAAAAGAGUAUCUAAUGAAGACUUUGGGAACCGAGAACGCGAGCGGCGCAGAAGAACAAAGGCGGCUGCUCCUGUCAGCGCUCAGCAGGGUAUCAAGCAGCGCUUUCAGAGAAAGUCAGCCAAAAAAUGUGUUCAAAAUUCCAAAAGCUGCAAGAGGUCUGUCGGAUGCUCAGAAAGACAGGAGUCUUUCCAUCAGCUUUGAAAAGUGGAUAAAAGCAAAGCUUGAAGAAGGAUUCCAAGACAUGAUAUCAGAAUUUCAAAGAUUUGACAUAAAAAAUACAGGAAAAGUAUCAAGAGAGGACUUUUUGAAAGUUCUGGAGAAGUUUCACCUCCCCCUGAAGAAGGAGCAGCUUAAUCUCUUUCUUGUACGCUGCAGCCUUGAAGAGACGUCUCCUGAUGUGAGUUACGUGGAUUUCCUUCAUCACUUUCAAGACCGUACUCAUAAAGGCAUGACACAGAAGAUAUUAUCUGAUCCACACCACAGGUUUAAUUUGGCUGAGAGAGUCAGCCGUUAUUCUACAGUUUCUGCAUUGGAGGCCAAGCUUCUUAACUUCCUGCAGGGGGACUUUUUGUCUCUGCUCAAAGAUUUUCAGAAGGUGGAUACACAAAAAACUGAGACACUAAGCCAGGAGCUGUUCCGGAUGUGCAUUGAGACAAGACUCUCGAUGAAGAUGACAGAUGAGGAAUUUGAGCAUUUUAUGGAGAAAGUUCCCACUGAUAGAAAUGGAAAUGUUUUAUAUAUGGACUUUUUGGCAAGGUUUACCAGCAGCAAAAAUACAAAGAGCGUCUUCAGAGACAAUGCAAGCAUCAUGACAGACUUGAGCAAAAAAUACAUAAAGCCAGACAAGAACAAAGACGCCCUAGAACUGAGGAGAUCAAAUGAUCAGCUCAAUAAAAUAAUUAAAGACCUGCUUAAAAGCAGAUUUCAAGAAGUGGAAGCUGCUUUUAAUGACCUGGAUGUAAUGAACACAAGAAGGCUGACUCCUGAAAUGAUGUACCAGCUACUCAAAUGUUUUGAUAUACAUCCCAGCAUUUCCAAACAGGAAGUCAGAAAUCUUUGGAAAACAAUGAUAACCAACCAAGACGAUACACUGGACUUUCUUCACUUUGUGCGUCACUUUCGAUUUUCUUUGAUGUCAGCCUGCUACCCAAAUGCCAAAAGGGCCCCCCCGGUGAAAGGAGACAGCGACUUUCUGAUAAGGUCCAGAAAACUCAAUUCUGACACAGAGAUAAUGGUGGAGUACUUGCGAGCAAAGGUUGAGCUUCUUCUGGAUGAACUAUGGAACAAGUUUCAAGAGUUAGACUUCACCAACUCAGGAACUGUGACAAAAGAUGAAUUCAAGGAUGUGCUUACUGAACUUUGCCCUGAGCUGACAGACUUCCAGUGUAACGUGAUUGCUACCAAAUUUAAUGAUGGAGAGAACAGAGUUUCAUAUGUAAACUUUCUUCAGCCUUUUGAAGAUCGGAGGAGGACAUUCAGAUCUCACAAGAUUUUGACCCAAACAUCUCAGAUAACACCUCUCUACAAUGAAGUCACACAGAAAGGUUUGAGUGGCCUUACCCUAAAAAUUCGUCAGAAGAUGGGAGGAGACUGGAAGACCCUUCAGAAUGCAUGUAAGAAGCUGGAUACACAUGGCUCUGGAUUUCUUUUGCUCCCAGAAUUUAGAGCAGUUCUGAAGCUUUGUAACAUUGUCUUAAAUGAAGAUGAAAUUUACCAGAUUAUGUCUCAUUUUGAUAAACAAAUGGUUGGCAAAAUCGAGUAUGCUAAAUUUAUUAAUGACACCUUAAAAGAGAAAUAGAAAAAUAGAUGCUGGUAGUGGUAAAAGCAAUUGCUAUAAAAGUGAAUAGAGCACUAACUGAUAUUGUAACUGAAAAUGUGAUUAAAAGUAUUUAUUUAGCUAUUUUUGCUAAAAUCUAACUGUAAUAACUGGAGUUACUUUUUAAAAUUAUCUCUAAUGCAAAUCUUUGUGUGUUAACUGUUUGGAAAUAAUAGCUGUUACAAAUGUAAGACAUAUAAUAUGGAAAGAAACUGUUUAGUGAAUGAUUAGGUAAGAAAAAAAUCCUCAAUAAGAAAAUGUCAUAGUGGUUUGUUUUUUGAACUAUGAUUGUGAAUUUUUUGAAUUAAUAAAAUUAGCCAAAUAAAAUGUCUCAUAAUGUUUCAAA